AUGAUUUGCUUAUUUUCCAAGUUCCAGCGUCUACCGUAUAAUGAAUGUGUGGAAGAGUCUGCAGAAGAGCUUGCGGAGUACUACGAAAAGUUACUCCGUGUUUCGGAGGAACUCGAAGAGAAGCGUAGAAAGGAAGGUCUCCCCGACCUCUACAAUCCCGAUGGAACAGCAAAGAUUCGAACUGAAAUACCUCCUGAGAACAUAUUGAAACGUGUAGAGUACGAAGAACCGCCUAAAGGUGUUGAGGUUGAGACCUUAAUUGCUGUAAUGCGUCGACUACAUUCUCUUACUGCUGCGGAAAUGCGUACUUUUCUCAAGCAGGUGCAUCAGUCUGGACAGGGUACUAAAAAGCAACUUCGUGCGAGGCUACGACGCUAUUAUCGCAAGGAAUUCUCUAUGUAUCGAAUGCUUCGUGAGGGAGAUAAUAUGCCUCGUUUUGGAAACAAAACAGCACGAUAUUUUGAUUUUCUGGUGGUUAGUGGAUCUACGUAG